UCUGUCCCCAAGUUUGCAGUCGGGGAAACUGAGGCUAGGCCCCGCAGGGCGCAGCCGCCGUCUCCUGGAGGAUGGAAGAAAAGGACAGGACGCGCUCUUGGGCUCGAGGACACCUCAUUACCCAACUCCGCUGCCGGCGAUGGUCGGGGCACUGCAGGCCGCGGACUUCCCCGGCGCAACGAAACCCGCUUCUGGCGCCGCGCUCCAGAGCCGCCCAAGCGCCACCGCCGCCGUAAAGCUUUCGUCACCCGCCGCUGGGACCCUUGCCCACUCGCGGCCCAAGCGCUGUCUGGCCCUUCCUGCAAAGGAGGCUCUGACAAUUAAAAAUGUAAAUAUGUUUGCAUUUAAUCCUCAACGCUCUCCCUUGCCGAGAGGUAGCAGGCGAACUCCGGAGCCCUGUGUCGGUUUGCGGAGGCCUCAGCGGGGCUGCCGUGGGGGCCCCUUCCAGGAACCGCCUUGGCCCGGCUCCCAGCCCCUGGCUCCGCGAAGUCCGAGAACGCCGCUUUCCAUAUCCGGAUUGUCCGGUCUUGGGCCCGGGAGCCCAGGACACGACGACAGAGGCGGGGAGGACAGACUUGGGCGAGCGCCCACUUUCCAGACGCGGAGACCGAGGCCCCAGCUGAGAGUGAAGACCCCGCCCUCCAGGCUCCGAGCGUCCGACGCCCCUGCCCCAGGAAAUUGUGCUCAUUUUCAAGAUGUGGAAACUGAGGCUUGGAGGUUUAACUGA